GGGUAGGGGCCAUUAUUAUAAAAAGAAGCAUCAUAACACUAGGAAAAGUAAAUUACAAUCAAUAAAAAGGUGUUAUUGCGUCCGGUAGAUUUCGUCAUCAACGACUAAUCACGAAUUUUUACUUUCUACAUUAUGUCCUCCAAAAGAAAACCUAGUGCAUCAGAUUCUUCUGGUAGGAAGAAUAAGAAAAUAAGGAAAAAUGGUAAAAGAAGAGAUGAAGAUUUAAGUGAUUUUGAUGAGGAAUAUAAAAGUGAUGCAUCUAACGAUGGAUCUGACCGUAGCUUGCAAGAUGAAGACGAUCUCUCAGAUGAUUUAGGACCAGAUGAUGGUUUGAGAGUUAAAGGGCCUGAUCAUAUUGGACGGUUGCUAAUAUGUGGAGCUACCAAUUGGGAUUUGUACAAUAGAAAAUCAGCUCCAAAGGGAUGUAAAAACACUGCUGCAAAAAAUAUUUAUGUUCCACAUCGUUUUGCACCUUUAGAUGACAUCAGAGUUCGUGCAGUGGCUUCAGGAUGUAAUGCUGCUCAUAGCAUUAUUAUAACAGAAGAUUAUAAAGUAUACACACUUGGGAGAAAUGAAAAAGGGCAGUUGGGCACAGGCGAUCUUGAAACUGGAACUCAACCAUAUUUGCUUGAAUCACUAAAAGAGAUUAACAUUGUAAAUGCAUCAUGUGGAAGAAAUCACACUUUGUUACUUUCAGAUCGAGGAAUUGUCUAUGCUAUGGGGGACAACAAAAUGGGCCAGUGUGGAGUUGGGACGACUGCACCUAAUGUAAUGACUCCUACUCGAAUUAGGUAUCGUGGGCCACCUAUAGUGAAAGUUGUCUGUGGUGGAGAUUUCAGUAUUAUUUUAGAUUUGAAAGGCAAUCUUCACUCCUUUGGUGAUCCUGAGUAUGGUCAACUUGGUCAUAAUACUAAUGGUGAAUAUUUUAUGAAUUCAACAAAACUGGUGCGCGCUGCUGUUAAAGCACCAAAGCAGAUAACAACCUAUAUAGAAAAAUCUAAAGAUCACAUUACACCUGUGGAAGUGAAUGAUAUAAUAGAUGUCGCUUGUGGUACUAAUCAUACGGUAGCCUUAGACUCAAAGCGUAGAUUGUUUUCAUGGGGUUUUGGAGGUUAUGGUCGUCUUGGACAUGCAGAACCUAAAGAUGAACUCAUUCCAAGGCUUGUAAAGUUUUUUGAAACCCAGGGAAAAGGAAUUAAAGCAGUAUAUUGUGGUUCACAAUUCUCAAUAGCUGUUUCUGAUUUCAAAAUGGCGUAUCUGUUUGGUAAAACCAAAAAUACUGGAGAAGUUAACAUGUACCCUAAGCCAUUACAAGACUUGUCUGGUUGGACCAUACGUUCUCUUGGUGCAGGAUUUUCAUCUGUUGUAAUUGCUGCUGAUAAUUCAGUUAUAUCAUUUGGUGCAUCACCAUGCUUUGGUGAAUUGGGUCAUGGUGAAAUGCGUAAAUCAACAUCGGUGCCAAUGGAGGUUAAGGCUUUAGACGGUAUCUAUGUUGAUCAAGUUUCAAUGGGCCAAGCUCAUACUUUGAUGAUAGCAAGGGAUACUUCUGAAGAAGAGAAAGAGAAAAUUGAGCAGAUUCCAGUUUUCACCCCUUAAUUUAGACUAUUUUUCUCUUUUUUUUAUUAUGAUUUUUUUUUAACUUAUAAAUAGUGAUGUCCCUUCAUUAUGUCUUAUAUUAAUGUACGAGGUUAAUGGUAAACAGAUGGAGUCUUUACCCCGUUCUGUUAUAAUAAAAGAUGUUGAGUAUUCUAGAAACGAUUAUUACUUGAAUUAUCAUAUUGAUUAAGGAAAUGAUAAAAAGAAAAGAAAAAUCUGAAAUGUGAGCUCUCAUUAUUCAACUAUUUUGGAUUUAUAUAAUUUCAUGUUUCUUAUUAUAACGGAAUGAGAUCCUCUUAACCACUCAAUACAUGUUUAUAUAUUUCAAGCGGGUUGUCUCAAGUAAGACUGAUUUUUCCAUUAUUGUUUCAAUACAAUUAGUCUGAAAUCCUAUGUACUAUUAUUGAUAAUAUAACUCUGUUAACGGCUUAUUAUAUUAGGUUAAUUUACAUUGAUCAUGAUUCGUUACAUACUUAUGUAUUAAUUUCUUAUAUUUUUUAUAUUAGCACAUAUUAAAUUAAUAAAUAAGUGCUAUUCCUUAAUUUCUUGCACUGUUUUUAUUUUUAAAUUAUUGAAAUUGUACUUUAGAUUUUUUUAUUUCUUUAGUAUCCUAUAGUAGUCGUUUAUUUUGUGAUUUGCAGGAUUUUCAUUGUUUGCUUACUUUGACGUUAAGUUCUGGUGUGGAUUAUAGUCAAACUAAAAUAUUAGUUGUCUGCAUUCCAUAAUAAUUUAAUUAUUUUUGGGUCCUAAUUAUGUAAUAAACUUCUAAUAAUAGAUAUCUUUUUUUAUCCAUAUUAUGUUUUUCUGAGGGGAAUAUGUGCUUAGGUAAUGUUUCAACUCAAUCAUCCAAUCCUGGUUUAAUGAAGGUGAAUUUUAUUUUUUAUUUUUUUAAAUUCAGUUUUUGUAAAUCUAUUUAAGAGUUUUCAGUAAUGAAAACGUGAUUAAUUAUUUAAAGGACUGUCCAUAUUGGAACCUCGGUUAAUCUCUUGUAUAGAUAAAACUUUUCAAAGCACUAAAAAAGAGCCAUUAGUUCUAUUCCUCAGUGUCUUUGUUUGACAUUUGGUGAGAUUAUUUGUGAGGCAACCAUAUCUACUUUUAAUGUUUAACUUUUAAAAAUUAAAUGAUUUUUGCACUGCCAACAUUGUUACAUUAUGUUUUCUGAUUAGGAUCUAGUCUAAUUUCCACCUUUUCAUCAUGUUUUUGUAAUUUAAUUAUUUAUGCUUAAGUAGUUGAUUGAUUUUCUUAAACUAUUUUAUAAGUUGAUGGUUCUUGGAGUAUAUUUUGAGAAAAUAAAACGUUACAUUUUCAUUCUCAUUUAUUACAAUGAUGUUUUUGUCAAAAUGUGGUGUGGUAUGAAUUCAGUCAAGUAACUUGCACUCUGCCUACUGAAAGUUUGAUUAAUAAUUUCUUAAGCUACAUUUAUAUCAUAAGACUGUUGCUAGUUCCAACAUGACAGUUGGUAAUUGCAAUUAUUAUUCCUUAAAUCUGUUAAUCUUAUCCUUGAAACCAUCAGAAACAAAUUUAAUUUUAUAAAACCAAAUAUUUAAACCUCAACAAAAUAAGAAUCACUACUUUAUUUAAAUGUGAAUGUACACUUAAAAAGAGUGUAUUGAAAGAUUUUAUUUCUUGGUUAAGGUUUUUUAAAGCAAAAUGGUGGAAGUUUAUAAUAUUUAAGUCCAUUUUUACUUAAUGACAUUCCCAAAAUAAUUGGCAAUGUUUCCAUGAUCCAUUGAACAGAUCUCAAAUUGCUGAUUUGUCACGGCCUAUGACAAAAAUGCCAAUUCUUCACAAUUCUAUGUUAAGAUACUUAAUUUUUAAGGAAGCAUUAUGUUUGUAUUUUAAAAACAAAAACACAAGAAAAGCAAAUAAAAUUGUUUCUUUUUUAUUUCA